AGGCGCGCACCAGUCACUCGCCGGUCUCUGGUGGAGUAGGUUGUUUGAAGUAUAUUAUAUUAAUAUCGAAAGUAAAAUUUAAUCAGAGACUUAUUAAAAAUGUGUCUGUUUGCAAAUGAUGUUCCAUAGGUGCGUUACGGAUAAAAAUGUUGUUCAAAACUAAUAUUUCAAGUUUGAGUUUCUGAAAAAUGGGUAGAAGUGAAGCGCGUUGGUUCGAGAUUUAAAAAAUUCCUAUGUAGACGCGAUCACGGCGUUUUUCACUGUGCGGUCUGUGCUGUGUGUAUAAAACCUAUAUCCCCUUUCCUCAACGAGUGUUUGUUUCCUAUGAUCACCUGUUGCUGCUUAUGCGAUUCUUGUGUUACAUUGGAUUACUUGAUUACAUUACAACACCUACGGCUGCAGGAUGUCAUUUUGACACCGUAAGAAUUAUUCUUUUGGUGUUGCUUCUUUGAAAGAUUUGAUAGCUAAUAGGCUGUUUUUGGGAGGCGCUACGAGAGGAAUUUAGUGAGCACGCUGGGCGUAGUGACGGCGACAUGAAGCAUGCAGCAUGCGUGGUAGCGGUGUCACGGCUGCGCGGUCCUGCCUUCAACCUCUGGUGUCCGCCAGCCGCUAUCUCGCCGUACACGCCCUUCCAGGAGAUCCUUUUUAUUUCAUCGUCGAGACCAAAUCGCGAGUAAAAGAAGUUUAUGCGCAAACAUGUUUGCUUCUUGGUCAACAGGGCAUGCGAGACUGCGAACUUUUUGGACUAGCAAUUCUUUCUGAUGGCGAAUAUUUAUUUGUGGAUUCCGAAAAUAAAUUAAACAAGUACGCUCCAAAAAAUUGGCGAAGCUCUCACACAUACGGCUUGGACAGCAGUGGAAGGCCAGCUUUUGUUCUUUAUUUUCGUGUCCGUUACUAUGUUGAUACUCCUCUUUUAUUAAGAGAUGAGACAACGCGACAUCAUUACUACUUGCAAUUGCGUGACAACGUCGUCAGACAUGGAGGUGGGGUGGAGAGCUUGCAUCCCGACCAUCCACUCCACGAAACGUCACUCUCGACGCCGCUGCUCGCCUUGGCGGGACUUGCCCUUCAGGUUGACCUUGGCGAUUACUCCGAAGAACGUCACAGACCACAUGCAGGAACUGUGGGCUACUGUAAACCCACUGAUUACUUGCCACCUCACAUGUGCGUCGAAUCAGACGUUCUCAAUGUGCUCGCGGCACAGCAUAGGAAUAAUCGUGGACUGUCAAGGGAAGAGGCAGAGUUGCAAUACAUCCGGGAGGCGGUGCUCCUGGAGGCGCCGCUUAACGCACACUUAUACCGCUUGCGACGCAGCAAAAAUGAAGUUGGACCUGGACGAAUCCUGCUGGCGAUUUGCGCCCGCGGAGUGCGGGUCUACACCGAGGAAGCAACCCCCCGAGUUUUCACCUGGAAUAACAUUGGCAAACUCUGUUUCGAUCGUAAAAAAUUCGAAAUCCGAGCUGUCGAUCAACCCGAUAAACUCACACUCUACAGUGGAUGCGAUGACAAGAGCAAACUUCUUCUUGGCCUCUGCAGGGACACUCACCAGUUUUCAAUGGCCAUAGCACCCAGGCUUAACGAAGCCAGAAAAAGAGAGGAGGAAGAGCGUAAAUUUUUAAGAGAUUGCUACAUGUAUCCUGCGCGUUGUAAACUCAGCAUGACAACUCGCAAUGCUCGAGGAGAUCAAAGAAUAUCAGUGAUCUCAAGUACUUCGUCAAACACAACUUCAGGAAUAGUUAGCGAUCGAGUUCACAGCGAAGAUGAACCUGACACGGCACCUGCGUCUACCGAGUGCCUUCCACACCUCACCGAAUCUUUCGGACAUAAUGGAAAUUCUCAAAACAGUAUUGGAGAUAAUAAUUCUAGACCUCCGUCACCAGUUUCUGCUGCCGAUGAAGUCGACGGGAACAAUACUUCCACUACAAUGAGAUUAACAUCAAAUGCUGUUACUACUGAAGGAUCUCAGUGCAGUAGUAGCUGUAGCACUGUCGUCGUUGUGAGUGCCCUUCCAAAUGGUCCGUCUCGAAUACGACGAACAUCGGCUAGUUCAAGUUUAGAACUUGGAUACUCUCACACUGCACAAAAUUCAGCCGUUUCUUCUGAAACUGCUAAUUUUCCGGGAGUCAUUUACGACAGAUGUAAAAAAGUCGUUAAAUAUGCAGGAACAGACAUAGGAAGUGAAACAAGCGGAGUUUAUACAUUACGAAGUAGUGAAAUGCAAGAUGAGACGAUUGCAGAUCUCUAUUCUCCGAAUGGAGACGCCCAUGAGUCGUCGGCAGCUAGUGACAUAUGUGCCUUAAGUUCUGUUCAAUCAACUACAGAUGAAGCUUCUGUUACUUCAGGAUUCUACACGAUUCAUAGUGGUCUUAGAUCGGAAAGUAGUGACAUUUAUACUGAAGAAGUCGCGGUAGAAGGAACAGAGCCCAUCUACAGCAUUUGUAAAGGAGAUGAGGAUGUAGACGUUUCGGGCUUAGCAAAUUCUCUUGGCGAACAACUUGAAAAUGAUUCAAGAUCUCGUAGUAAUAGUAUUCUUAGCGCUGGUAGUUUUAGAGGAGAUGGAAGUGAUCCGCCUGGUGCUGGGCCUUUGCUUUCCGCCGAUGAACUCUCAGACUUGAUAGUUGGUCGCUAUCCGCCCAGGAAGACGAUCAGCAACUCAAUGGAUUCUGACUGUGACUACGUGACAAUGCCUCCACCACCUCCGCCUCCAAGAACUGACAGUGAUAGACUCUUACCACCUCCACCUCCGUACCCUGUUACCACCAUAGAUUACGCUACGAUUUCUUCUCCGAGAACAAAAGUUCCAGCAGUUGAUAGAGAACCUCCACCUCCUCCUCCUCCUUAUAAUGCCGUUAGAAGUGAUUUCCUACCUCUUCCCGCUAGAAAAGUCGAUCCUCCAUCACCUCCACCCUACACUUCUCCCAGAGAAAGAAUAAAGAUUCCUCCACCCACUCCUCCUAGAAAUGACGCUAUAACCCCGAGGGAACCACCGCCACCUCCGCCUUAUCCAGAAAUUGCUGUGUCAAGGCAAGACACUUUGUCAUCUUUGUUUUCCAGUGGAAUCGAUGAUGUUACGACAAGCAUGUCAAACUUGUCCACCCCAGUGUCUCAAUCUGUCGUGAGGGACAAAUUGAUAACGAACGGCGAACCUCCUCUGAGCAUUGCACCAAAACCACCCCCUAGGAUACAGCCACCAACUUAUCCCGGUGACAAAAUGAAACCAACUCCGGUUCAUGCGCCAGUUGCAGCACUGGUCGUUGGUCCAAACAACUAUCUCGACGUCCACGCUUCACGCGGAGCUCCUGUUUUACUUCCGUACUUAACACCACCACCCCCUCCACCGAUGGUUCAUCCACGACAACCUCCGCCUCCGCCCCCGAGUCUCGCUACCGUUUACACGAGCCAAGUUGCUCGAUCUCAGAUUGAACAGUAUAAACAACAGUUAUACUCGGACGUUGACUACGUUAUGUUUCCUUUGAAAGAUCCAGCAGUUUCCAAGCAGGAAUACAUAGACGCAAAGCAAGGAUCACUAAUGGCAGCAAUGGCGGCUUAUCCACCGCCUCCUUAUCCAGCCAUGAACAAUAAGUCGUCUGUUGUUUAUCGCAGCACUCCUUAUCUGCCUGGGUCGUCCUACUCGUCGUCCUCGAAGUAUGCGUCAAAUCAAAAUCUCAGCGACAACAGUUCAAGUAAUUUCUUAGCUCAUGGAAACUUGAGUAGUCACUACACUGCCAGCACCAGUUCACUGUACAGUGGUGCAACAUUCUCUUCAGGAGGAAGUCACAGUUUGAGGAGAGAACCUCCUGCUCCUACACAUCCCAACAGUUUACAAACCUUCUCGAGGACGAGGAGCGAUGAAAAUAUUUUAAAAUCGUUUGAUGUUCCGUUGAGUAACAGACUACAGUCUAUAUCGCAGACCAAGCAUCGUAGACUGCCGCCGCCUCCACCACCGCCACCUUAUGAGAUUCAGAAUCUGGAAAAAUGUCAACCGCUCCCGGCAGUUCCAACAACGGUCUCUACAACGCCAAAAAAAGCCUCUCGAACAAUUAAAAGUGAUAAUCGCGAUGACAAUAAAGAUGAUGGAAUGUUAGACAUAAGAACUCUUCGUGAGAAAAGUCGAAAUCUUGAUUUACCAUUAAUAUCUGCUUUGUGCAAUGACAGGUACUUACUGAAACAAACAAAAGCCUUUGUUUUGCCUAAGCAUGCCAAUGAAACAACUUCUACAACUUCAUCGACUUCCACCACGAGAAAUAUUAAUGGAGCAUCGUCGAGCAAAAAUAAAUAUUCCACGAGUGGAGCUUCUAGUGUACAGCUAACGAAACCACCCAGAAAAUUUUCAACAAUUGCCCAAAAGCAUGUUGAGCUGAAAAAUAACUCUUUUAAGGGGAAUAUUUCACCUACAGUAUCUUCUAUUAAAAAGGAUGUUACGAAAACUUCUCACUCGUGAUUUUAAAUAUUUUCGCUAAAUAGACGUUAGUAUUUUAAAAAUACAUUAUUUUCCUUCAAAACGUAUUACGACUUCAUUUCUUUUCAAAAUAAUUUUAAAAGACAACGGUUUUGUUUAAAUACGACAUUUCCAUCAAUAAAGUUUUAUUGAUUAAAGAUAAAUUGCUUUGAGGAAUAAUCAAAUAAUUUUUUAAAGAUUUAAACACGUCACAUUGACAAUGAAAAUAGUUUGUUUCUUAUAUACUGUCGACCGUGUUUCUUCGACUCAGGGUGCCAUUUUGUACUACUGUUUUAUUUAAAGUAUUAACUUCUUUCUGGACCAGUGAAAAAUAGACAUUUAAACUUGCAAAUGCUCGUAAAGAGCAAAUUUUGAGAAAAGUUUAUAUCAUCAAAUAAAUAAAUUAUUAUUUAAUUCUGCUAAUUAAACAUUACUUAGCGUAAAAUGUCUAUUUAGCUGUGUUCCGCAUCAUUUUUUAUAGACUUUUGCUCAAUUGCGUUUAAGCAUCAAUUCAUCGUGAAUAGUAUAAGUUAGCUAAAAGUAAUAUUAUUAUUCUAAAAAUAAAUAGAAUAUAUAAAGGAAAAUAUAUUCUCUUUCUCUGCUAAAAUGUGACACUAUAAUUUUUUGUGUAUGAAAUAAAUUAAAGAAAAAUUUCUUCAAUUGAAACAAUAUUAAAAAAUGGAUGUGUCUAUGUUAAUAUCUUAAUGAUUCAAAUAUAAAAAAACACUGAUAAGAUAAACGAAGAUAUUCUUUAAUGUUACUCUAACGUUUCGAAAUCCACUGAUUUUCAUUUCAAAGAGUCAAAUUAGUAACAGUCAGAGAAUAAAGUAAAAUUCGUCAGAAAAUAAAACAUAUGUAAUAAAAAUUGAACAAAUAUCUUCGUUUAUCUUAUUAUUAAAAUCACUCGAACGAUAAAGACUUUUCAUAAUAGAAAACACUUUAGUAUACAGUAUUUAUUUUUGAGCAUCCGUCAUCUUCAUAAAGAAAUAAUUCAAAUUUAGUAAAAUAGUUCAUUGUGCACAAUUUCUAAAAAAGUGAAAUUUAAAUAAAUUUUGUUUUCACUGCGUUGACUAAUAACAAUUCAACAUGUAAAAUAUUAAUUGCGAAAAGAUAACAGUUCGCCUUGUGCAACGAUUGCUUUACCUGAUAUUUAUAAGUUUAGAUGUUUUUUUUGAAUGAAAAAAAUCAAGAAUAUUUUUUUAUCUUAGAAAAUUAGUGAAUUUUUAUCAGUAAUGACUUAAACAUAAUAUAUUUAUUUCAAAGACUUUUGCUUUUACUAAGGGGUGAAAAUAUAUUUAAGAAAUUAUAAGUUUCUCGCUUUUUCGUGUCAACCAUUCAUGUUCAUUCUUUAUUUAUUGAUUUCAUUCAACUUCCGCUAUACAAUUAUUUUACUGUCUUUUUAAGAUUAAAAAGGGAUUUUUAUUAAAAAGAAGAUGUGAAAUUUUGUUUGUACAAAUUCUAGGCAAUUUAUACGCUUAUUACUGCUUAACUUUUGUCAAAAACAAAGAAAACUGUUGAUAGCGUUUUUCAACACUACUUACUUUUAUUAUUAUCAUGUGUAUGAGGUUUAAGAAAUUGUAUGUAAAUUAUAUUAAUGGAAGAAAUAAGGGUUAAAGACAAAGGUAUUAAACUUUCAGUGUGAUAUGCACCUUCUCGUAGAAUCUCACAUUUUAGUAAAUAUCGCUGAUUUACUACAAAUAUGAGUAUUAAAAAAUCGAAAAAAUUGACUCGGUCUAUUUAAAUUUUAAAACAAUACAUACAUAUAUCAUAGUUUGUAAUUCGUACAACUUAUUGGAUAAUUUAGUUUAAUUAAUUUAAUUAGUUUUAAUUUUUAUCAUGUUAAUUAUCAAUAGGCAUUAAUAGCAGAAUAUGAUUCAUAUUUGUAUAUAAUAUUAUGCGACAUUACUACGAUCCUCAGAUCUUGCCGUAGUCAGAAACUUUAUAAAUGUUCCACGUACCACCUCAUGAAUAGUAAUAAACUUCUCUUUUAUAAUUAA